CCACACCGCCGUUUUGGGCCUUGUGGCUAACUAAAUGGUAACAGCCAACACCGCUCCAGAAUAUCGCCAGUCGCCACCAUUCCACUGAUUCCAGCAGACGUACCAGCUACCUCGGAAUUCUGUAGUUAUCCCAUUUAUUUUCCGCUGAUGAGAUCCAGCUAGCUUAACGGCUAUCUGCUCUUCCCUUAAUAAAAAUGUCGCUGUCAACAUUCCGCGUAAUAAUCCUAGGAGCGCCAGGAUCUGGUAAAGGAACAAUCGCAUCGCGAAUCUGCAAGACGUUUCAGCUGAACCAUAUCAUUUCUGGUGACAUCCUCCGAAAAGAACAACAGAAUCAAUCAGAACUGGGAAAAAAGCUAGCGGAAUACAUCAAAUCUGGUGCUCUGGUUCCUGACGAUAUAAUGAUCCGGAUUAUGGGAAAUGAAAUGAAAAACGUUGGCAAUAAAUGGCUGCUUGAUGGCUUUCCACGGACAUACCCGCAAGCUGACAAGUUGCACAAGGAAGUUGGGAUGGUGGACAGCGUGGUCAACUUGGACAUUCCGUUUGAUGUGAUCCGCAAACGCUUAGAGGGGCGCUUCAUACAUGCACCCAGUGGUCGAACUUACAAUUUGGAGUUUAAUCCGCCUAAAGUUUCGGGCAAAGAUGAUAUUACGGGUGAGCCCAUCGAACGGCGCGCUGAUGAUGAACCGGAAGUUGUUAUGGCCAGGUUGAAAACAUACAAAGAGAGAACUGAACCGCUCCUGGAUUAUUACCGAAAAGCGGGAGUACUCAAAGAGUUCCAGGGAACGGAAAGUAAUGUUAUUUGGCCGUUUGUGAAGGAGUAUUUGGAGCAGUUCAUAUCGCAGCUGGAUAAGCAGCCAAAGCGGAAAACUGCUUAAAUUAGUUAAUUUUAGUUGUCAUUAUUUAACGUCGGCCUAUCUAUGCAAGCAGAUUUUAAGCAUUCCUGUCACAUUCUUCACGACGCAGAUAUCGUUGAUCGAUUUUGUUUUGCAUUUGUAGCCAAUUCUGCAACUAUCCAUACGCAUUAUGCACAACAGAUCUAUAACGGUAAUUUUUUAUUUUCUGCUUGUUAGUACAAUAGUUGUUACCGACCGUUUUUAUUUUGAUAAUAAACCGCUUUAAAGAA